CGACGCGACAAAUCCAAAAAUAUAUGCUGUGUCGGUUUUUCAAUUUUCAUAACCGGCAUAUAAAUCGAAAACAUGACGCAAAAAAUUGGACCUUUGUUCUACGUGCAAUUGGUUUAACAAUCUAUAUUAACAAGUCAUUGUUGAUAAGCAAAACAAAAUGAUAAAUUUUGCAGGAGUUUAAAUCCUUAUCUUUGCUACAAAGUAAAAAUAAAAUGAAUGUAAAGCUACUUCGGAAAAAGUGCACGAAUAACAUCAAGGCAUCUGUCCCGUGACCUUACUGAUAAUGUAACGAAUCCAAAGGUGGCUGAAUUGUUAUAAAGUUUUGACACAGUAGAGAACAACAGUUUUACAGAACGGCAGAUAUGGAUGUCGAAAAAAAUAUAUUGAGGGGCCCUGAGUCGAUGGUUAAAUUGUCACCGAAUUUAUCGAUGGGCCAAUUUAUGUUCGAUCGACUCUCAGGAUUUGGCGAUCGUGUGGCUUCGAUAAAUGCAGAAACAAAAGAGCAAAUAACGUACCAGGAAAUUUUGGAACAGAGUGUACAACUGGCUGUUUACUUGAGCAAUGAAGGAUUAAAAAAAGAUGACAGGAUAGCUAUAUGCAGCGAGAAUUGUUUGAACUUUAUGAUUCCAAUAUGUUCGGCAAUGUAUUUGGGGGUGGCAAGUUGUCCAUUGAAUCCAAAUUAUUCGAAAAGAGAAUUUGUGCACGCUCUGAACAUAUCGAAGCCAAAAAUAGUUUUUGUCUCUGCAUCCUCGGCUAAUAAAUUAAGAAACAUAAUAAAAGAUUUGCCAUGGCCACUUAGCCUCAUCUCUAUCGGUGAAACUUUCUCCGGAGUGCCUCGAAUGAAAGAUUUGAUUAAGAAAAAUCCUCUUCCGGAUUUGGCCACUUUCAAGGCAUGCGAAGUUGAUGUCCCGCAGCAUGUUCUUGCCAUUCUUUGCUCAAGCGGAACAACCGGGUUGCCAAAAGGUGUCAUGUUAACGGACGAAAAUUUUAUCACCAUCACUUGCCAAAUGAUAGAAACUAUUAUGACAGUGCCUUCUGGCAGUUUUGCUGAUGAUGUUUUAACUCUCAAGUUUUUACCCUUUUUUCACGCCUAUGCCUUUGUCAGUCUUGUUACUCAAGUUGCGCUUGGCGUUACCUCAGUCAUUUUGUCUCGUUUUGAUCCUGAAAAAUUUUUGUCAACUAUACAAGAAUACAAGAUCGAACAGCUCAUGCUCGUUCCACCGCUUAUGGUGUUUCUGGCCAAAAGUCCUCUCGUCGAUCGAUACGAUUUGUCCAGUAUCAAACAAAUAUGGUGUGGAGCUGCUCCUUUAUCAGAAAACAUUCGCCACGCUGUUUCUCAGAGACUGAAUAAACCAGUGAUAAAGCAAGGAUAUGGAUUAACCGAAACGACUUUAGGGGUAUUAAAGUCUCCGCAUACAGGAGACAAACCUGGAAGUGUGGGGCAAUUGAAUCCUGAUACUUUCGGAAAAGUCAUAUCUGUCGAUGAGAAUGCAUCGAACGAACCAUUGGGUCCAUAUCAAGAAGGAGAGCUCUGUUUCAAAGGCCCUUUAAUAAUGAAAGGUUAUUGUGGAGAUGAGAAAGCAACUUCAGCGGCAAUAGACAAGGAUGGCUGGCUGCAUACCGGUGACAUCGGUUAUUACGACUCCGAUGGAUAUUUUUAUAUCGUCGAUCGUAUAAAGGAGCUCAUAAAGUACAAAGGUUUUCAAGUACCACCUGCGGAACUCGAAGGUAUAAUGUUAACGCAUCCCGACAUCGUGGACUGUGCGGUUAUCGGAAUUCCUGACGAAGCCUGCGGCGAAUUGCCAUUAGGCUUUGUCGUUAAAAAGCCACAAUCGAAAUUGACAACUGCAGAAGUCGUCAAAUUUGUAAAUGAUCAAGUUUCCCAUCAGAAGUGGCUGAGAGGAGGUGUCAGAUUCAUCGACGCUAUUCCAAAAACGGCUUCAGGAAAGAUAUUGAGACGUUUGCUACGAGAUAAACUCAAAUCGAAACUUUAAGAAAAAAUGUCGAUUUGAUUGAGUUUUUUAUGGAUGCGAGAGAAAUAGCAGUCAAUUUAAGAAGUGGAAUUUUUCUAUAUCGUUCGACCGACCAAAGUAGAGAAAAAAUAAUUUACGCCAUUUGCAUGGACUGAAUAUUUUUUUCAUUCCCAAUCGUAUAACUGCAUGAUUGAAAUCCAUUUUUCCUCAAAACUUACAGAACAAGCAAUUAAUAUUCAUAUGUAGUGAAAUAGCGAAAGAAACCUGACAAUUGUGUGGUAAUCAAUUUUUUAUAGAGGUCUGUACAUAAAUUUCAAUUAAUUUUCA